AUGGAUAGUUCCAGCUCUCCAGAUUAUAAGGCGCUUUAUCUGAGGGCAGAGGAAGACAAAAGAAAGGCAGAGGAGAAUCAAAAGCGGGCAGAAGAGAGUCAGAAGAGGGCAGAGGAAGAGCGGGACCAAGGACGAGAACGAACACGGCCAACGACCUUUCUCGAGCUCCUUCGCCUGUGCCACUCCCUUUUCUCGCUGCAGCUACGAGUUGAAACCCCGUCUCGCUCUACGACUGGUAAAAUACCCCCGCCGACCGGGAAAUAUUGUCCGUUGCGGCUUCGGCAUUGGGAAGAUUGUGCCGCCAGACAACAGGAGGUUUACCGCUCUAUUUGCGCCUAUCUGGAGACUCCAGGGGAGACCGCCGCGCAACUAUUCUCGCCCCGCCUUGUGCUGGAGGACCUGGGGCAAAGGUUUGGUGAAAGAGCUAUAAGUAGUGAACAGGAUCUGGAAAGCUAUAAACGAUUUGGUGUGGAGAACUAUGUUCAUGACAUUAUCGCAGAACUUUGCAAGAACCCUGCUGCCCGAGACCAAUUUGGCUUGGGCGAUGGGGCUGAUCCGUCCCUACUGGCUGAAUCCUUGACGUACCGGUGUUCUAGACCAGAUCAAUUUUGCAUCCGCCGCGUUGACGGUGAGAGAAAUACGUUUCUUACCACAGUCGAGUAUAAGCCACCUCAUAAACUGUCCGUCAAGAACCUGCGCGCCGGCUUGCGAGAGAUGAACUUUUGGGAAGAGGUGGUCCAGCCCAAUUCCAUCCCCACGGAGGAAUCCGCGAAAUUGUCGUAUAAUGCAGCCUGGCUGACCGGAUCGGCUAUAACUCAAGAGUACCAUGUCAUGAUCCAGGAAGGUCUCGAGUACUCAUAUUUGACGAACGGAUUGGCAUUGGUUCUGUUAUAUGUCUCUUACGAUGAGCCGGGCACGUUGUACUACCACCUGUGUGAGCCAAACAUGGAGAUCGAUCUGAAUGAUGACCAGAGCUUUGAUCAGCCGUUGAUGACCAUUGCACGGGUAUUGUGUCUGUGUUUGCUGUGUUUUGGCGCGCCGGUCCGCGACCAGGCCUGGCGAAAUAAGGCACGGAAGCAGCUACCGGUCUGGAAGACGAGUUUCGAUCAUACCCGCUCCCAAAUCCUGGAAAGAGAAUUACGACAAAACCCGCCGAGCUCCGAAUAUAGUCCCUCGGUGAGUUCCGGACGGACGGUCUCCGAGUACCUCCCGUUGUCCUCUCCGGAUUCUCCAGACUCGGAUACGGACUCCGCUCCCGGCGGGCGGAAGCGUGGCUUCAGCCAGGUUACGUUAUCUCCAUCAUCUCCAUCAGUGCAGCGAUCAGCCCGUCAGACAGGCACCCGGCCGAAUGAACACGGUCGGUACCAACACAACGCUCAAUUUUGCACACUGGAUGACUGCUGCCCGAAUGUCGAGCUCCAUCGACAGGGUGGCACCAGCAACCAAUACUUGAUUGACGCCAGCGGUCUGGUUCGGCGGAUUAAGCAGCAACUGGACCAAAAUCUCGACAUCGACUGUACCCCCAUGGGAGGAUGUGGAGCAUCGGGAGCGCCCUUCAAAAUCACGUGCACCGCAUAUGGGUAUACGGUUGUCGGAAAAGGAACCACGUCUUACCUGUGGAAUAAGGUCAAGCGAGAGGCGGAUAUUUAUUGUAUCCUCUGGAGAGCCCAAGGGCGAGCCGUCCCGGUCUUUCUCGGCACAAUCGACCUGGCCAUGAUCUACUUCCUGCACGGGGCUGGCCAGAUCAGCCAUAUGCUCCUGAUGGGUUGGGGCGGUGAACCCAUCCACAAGUUGGAAGAUGUUGAGACGAUCAGGCAUGAAGUUUCGCGAUCACAGAAGGAGAUUUGCUCACUCGGGGUAUUACACCAGGACCUUCGGCCGGAUAACAUGCUGUGGAACGCCGAGCUAGAGCGGGUGUUGAUCAUUGACUUUCAUCGUUCCCAAUUGGAUAGCCGGCCGAUGAAAAAGCGAAUGAGGUUACGAGAGCAGCACUCGUGUGGGGCCGAGGUACACGGGCGGAAGCGACUUCAUAUUGGCCAAUAGCUGCAUGUGCCGAUGAACUUGCCAUUCACAAAGCUUGGAUUCAAAUUUAUAAGAAAUCAAGUUGGAUGAAUUGAGUUGGCCAUACAGAAAUGCGAAGAGACACAACGUGACCUAACCUACUGCGCCCUGGCUCACUUUGGAUGCUUUGACAUUAGGGUCAGUUCCGAAACGGCCCGUCUUUACGUACUCUGGGACUAUGUUGGAAGUUGGCAUGAUGGACAUAGUGAGUGAGCAGCUGCGGAGCACGCCAUCUCAACUCGGAGUAGGAAUGCCACUCCAUUCUGAGGCAAAGAAACUCCAACCCACCCUCUUGAGUUGACCGGUGUGUAAGGACGCUUGUCACAGAAUCGAUUGGCUGCCUAGUGGCUGCACGGGCAUUGAGCGAGGGCAAUCGAAUAGAGUAUCUGGUGUACUCAUUCAUCCAGCAAAACGAUCUUAACAGUGAAGAUAUAACAUACCGGUCUCUGGAGCCCAGGUAUUAUCUUGUUUAGCUGAUGGGAACGCCAUGCCACCGCUACAGUCCGAGCGCCAUGGAUAUGCUCCCCAUCAGACGCCGCUUGUCUUCUACUCUCGGUUGUACACUCUAGGCCUUGUAAGUCUUUCGUCCAUAGAUCACGGUUCAGGUU